UAUAUAUCCUGGAUCAGACUACUACCGCACGACGGUAAAUAUGGUCUUUGUGCACCGUUCGAAUAUAUAUUAUCUGUUGGUCUCGACUUUCAACUUGUGUACUGAAUGAUGCCUAACCCGAUGUCGGUAGGACGUAUCAAACAGCACAAAGAUAGACUCAACGACCCUUAAAGUGCUGGCCGAUAUCACCAUUGCCUUCUCCCAGGCCAAGGACUAUAUGAAACUCUAUACAGCGCGUCAACUAACGAUCUCACUACACGAACAUACUGCCGAUAUAUUCAGCAGUCUAGUAGUGCUACUCGAAGAAUUGCUCAAUUGUGCAAGGUCUAAGAUCAGUCUGACAGAUAAACAAAAGCACACCUUGGAAAUUCUAGUUAAGUCAUUCAACAACUUCAUCGAUAAAACCGACGAUGUGGCUAGACGUACGAAUAACUCCACCUUGCAUGACGGUUACAGUUUACGUAACCGAGAUCAGAAGCUUGAUAUCCUUCAUCAUUUCGUGGGGUUACUCGAGCCUCGUGCUAGCAGAUGCCAGGAUGUAUCCGAUGAGGUGGGCACGGGAGUAGAGGAAUAUCAACAUAAACUUGACCGAUUGACACGGUAUCUGGCUUACGAUGGAGAUCAGACUAUGAAGGACAUCCAGAAACUGGCAUUACCACAGGACAUUGAAAGUUAUCAUAUGGAUAGGCUGACCGGGCUGACGAAACAACCCGAAUUUCAAAGCUGGUUGCAGGAAGACAAGAUGUCAACUCGUCUACUGAUACAAGGAAACUUCGAAACCUCUGGCAUAAAUUCGCCUCUAUCCCACUUAUGUGCUCGCUUUCCGAACGAGUAUCUCCGCAGAGGCCAAACCGGGAUCAUAUUUCUUCAUUACUUCUGUCGCAUUCAAUUGAGUCGCAGAGGAAUGAUGGCGAAUGCAUGCGAUAUUGCGAGCAACUUAAUAGGUCAGCUUAUCCACAACUCUCAAUUAGCAUCUCACAUUCGUAUCGGCUAUUUGAAACCGAUGCGUAUGAAGAAGAUCAAGAAGCAGAACUUCAAGCAGACCAUUCAGUUGUUUUUUGAAAUUCUUAGUCAGAUUAGCGAUGAGAGUCUUGUCAUAUUCUGCUUCAUAGACUCUAUCUCGGCCUAUGAAAGUAGUAACAAGCUCAGAGAAACCCUUGAAUUCUUCGAACGACUUUGCAACUUCCUCGAACCAAGAUCUAGCCGAAAGAGAAAAGGAGAAACAAGAACCAAUAUUAUCUUCAAACUUCUCGUGACGGAGGCAAGAAGGACGAGUCACGUUUACAAAUACUUCAAGCGGCCUGGAGAAACCUUGAACAUGCACGAAUGAUUGAUCAUGAGAAAGACAAUGGCCCUGGGCUCGAUUAUAAUGAGUUAUGUUCGUAAGGUACAUAGAUUAUGAAAGGAAUCGUGGAAACAAUGCCUGUGUGAAAUAGCCAUUGUUAACAAACAGCCUCGACCGAAAAUCG